AUGGCAUGGACUUUUUCUUCAAAUGUUGUUGGUGACAGUGGAUCAGAUGUUGAGCUUGAUAUUGAACUCUGUAAAAAUCUUUUAACUUCAUCCAUCGCUAGGGAAUGUACCUGCAAACACUCUGACUCUCAAGAUAAUCUUCAGCAUCGGUUAUGGUUAUGUAAUGAAGAGUGGAAUGAAGAGUUUGUAACUCCUACAUGGUUUGGUUAUUUAUGGUAUUGGUUGGCUAUACUUUUCUGCAGUUUCAUACCAAUGUUCAAUAUGGCAAGACCAUUAGCAAAAAUAUGUGACAUCAAUGACAGCAAAGAACUUUGGAAAGUUUCUGUUCGUGUGCACCACAAAUGGACAGUUGUUUCGAACAAGAGGGAGCAUUUUGAGAUGAUUUUUGUUGAUGUAUCGGGUGGUGACAUACAUGUUGUUGUUCCUGCACCGCAUGUAUCUCUUUUUUCUGAAAAAAUGGUCUUGGAUCAUAGUUACACUGUUUCCAAUUUUAAGGUUCAGGCUAAUGUUGCGGAUUUCAGACCUUCGUCUCAUAAGUUUAUGUUGAAGUUUACUGCUGGCACUACGGUUACGGAUGAUAACAACGCUGAAAUACCUCCAAAGCCGUUGGUGUUUACUAAAUUUACUGAUAUAAUAAACGGCAACUUUAACAAGGAUGUGCUAAUAGAUGUCAUUGGUAUGGUGGAAAGUAUUGGGUAUUCACAGACCACAUCAGGUGCCCGGAAGCAGCAGAUUAACAUGAUGCUGCGUGACGGGGGUGAGAAUACUAUCAAUUGCACGCUUUGGGAAUCCUAUGCUGAACAAUUCAUGAAGUUCAAGCAGGAGCGCGGAGAUGAUUCUGGUCCUAUUUUUGUCAUGAUUCAAUAUGCUAAAGUCAAGGAACAGGGUAAGUUUCCACUGUCCGUGACAAACACGUUUAAUGUUACCGUCCUUGGUCUGAAUACUGAUUUACUGCCGAUGAAAGAGUUUAUAGAAAGUUUUCCGAAGGAUUCCAUGAUUACGUUGUCUGGCCAGGAGGGUUCCAAUUCACAGCUUUCAGCACAGAACUCUGAAAAUCAACAGAUGACUCCUGUACAGAAAUUGCUUUCAAAGGCUGUUGUAAUGCCUAUUGGAGAUAUUAUAAAACUCAGAACUGUAUGUUUGGAAGUUGUUGGCCAUUUAUUCUGA